GCAGACAGGACGCAAUCCUACCACCACAUGUGUUUGGAUUGGAGUAUAAUCAGACAAGAUUUUGUAACUCCUUUGGGAACAGGAUUUUGGAUAAGCCUUUCUUUUUCUCUACGGUGCCUCUGCAUGAGUCCAACAGGAAAGUUUGGACAGAUUUAGGAGCCAGCAGAAAGGAGUUCCUUCAACAAGAUGUGCUUUGAGCUUUACCCUGAACAGAGGAUGGGAUUAGUGCUACCAGUGAGAGAAGAAACAAUAUAGAUAAGGAGAGCAAGGACGUGCAUAUGUUUGAAGGACAAGGAGACAAGGGGAUAAGGUUUAAAAAAAUAGAUUCAAUUUAAGGUCAAGGACAAAUUCAACACAUCCAAGAUCCAAGAGCAUAAAAUACAACCUGCUACCGCUGCCCCUCUCUUUGAAGCCAGACACCUGACCUACAAAAAAAACUGGAACGAUGCAUACAGAGCAGGAGCAGAGGAAGUAGCUGCUCCCAACACAAUCGCAUCUGUGUUCGCUACCAAAGCCAUUUUUUCAACAUGUUUUAUUCAGCCCUGUUCCCUAAUUCAAACAACCUGCGUCGGAAAAGCAACUUUGUCCCAGGGUAGAAUGAAGAGAGGAGCAAAACGGAUAUGUGCCCAGUCUGAGAUCCCCUGCUGCUCCUCCCUGCUCCCACCACACUCCGCGUCUCCGGUCUCUCAUGUACGUUACAUGCAUCAGUAAUCCCAUUCACUUCCAUCGGCUCACUAUGUGGAUACCAGCCUUACUCCUAUGGAUCCUUAACAGCAGCCGCUUGUGCUUAGGACAAGACCACACAGACUAUUACCAAGCAGGAGACAUGGCCACUGAGUCCCCUGUUGUGUCGGAGGAUGAUUUUAGUGCCGUGUCCAGUGUGGAUGAGCUGCUCCAGCUCCUGCUCCCUGAGUACAGUUUGCUGCAGCACUGUCUGAGGAAGAAGUCGUGGCCUUCAUCUUUUUCCUCUGCUGUUCCUCCACUGCAGGCGGAUGAAGAUCUGUGGCGGCCAGAGCCGGUUUAUAAAUUUGAUGGAACUUUAGGAGUAAUCCUUGAAGAGGUCCAGAGGACGUCAUGCCAGCCCAGAGAAGUGUGUGUUGAGGUUUCCAAAGAAUACCCCGACUCCACGAGCCAGCUCUACCUCCCUCGCUGUGUGGCCCUGCACCGCUGUGGGGGAUGCUGCAACACUGAAGCCUUCUACUGCACAAACACGAGCCAUUCACUGGUCAAUAAAACACUGAUGGAGCUUACCCCACCCCGCAUGGACAGGGCUGUAGUCAUGGUAACCUUUGUCAAUCACACGUCAUGUGAAUGCCUAUCCAAGAGGCCUCUGCACAGCAUCAUAAGAAGAGCCACAGACCACCUGUGUUCCCCACCUGACAUUCCCUGUGCUGCAGGCUCCUUGUGGGACCCUGUCAGCUGUACGUGUGUUUCUAUGGACACAAUCAACUACUCCCAACGAGAGGCAGAGGUUCUGGACUCUGGCUUGCUGGCUCUGUGUGGGCCGAACAGAGUUUUGGAGGAGUCGACCUGUGAGUGUGUGUGUCGAAACGGCCUCACUGAAGCCAGCUGUGACCUGGGCUGGAAACUGGACCAUGACACCUGUGAAUGUCAGUGCGAGGGCCCAGGAGAGGGGAAGUGGUGCCCCUCCGGACAAAGAUGGGACGAGGAUUUGUGUGGUUGUGUGUGCGAUGCCACGUGCCCCGGCAACCAGCCCCUGAACCCUGACACGUGUCUGUGCCAGUGCAGAGAGAGCCCACAGACCUGUCUACGGCAAGGCAAGAGGUUCAACCCCAACACAUGCAGUUGUUACAGGCUACCGUGCAGGAAGCCCAGACGAGUGUGCCAGACGGGAUUUUACUACAGCCAUCAUGUCUGCCAGUGCAUCCCCAACUACAUGAGGCCAGAGUGGAACUAACAGACCACUGGAGGAUGCUGCAGAAUAAAUUCCCGGAAAGUGAUUUACUGAUUAGAACUUACUGGGAUGUUUGAUGCACUUGGCCCUGUGCCCUGUGUAAAUACCACAGUGGUGACUGGAAGCACCCCGAGAUACCUGGGGGCGGUGUAAAAAGCGUGACAAGGAGGCGGGCUCAGCCAAUCCGAGGAGGCUCUGCUGCGGCGUGUUGGAGCAGGACGCUAAAGCCCCCAUGGCAGCGUGAAACGGAAAGUGGAAUAACAUAAUAACAGAGCUCCAUACUUUCACCAGACUGCAUUAAAUAUGCUCAAGGCGACAGCAAAUGAGAUAUGAGAGGAUGUAUUCACUACACGAGUCACAUGAUGUCACUGCAUGUCCAAUGUAGAAAUGAGGUGUGUGGUCCAUGCAGAUUCUAUUGUUCCUCUAUUUUUACUGUUCUGAAGGAGACUGAACAAAACACAUUUUCAAAGCAUAAUACUUUGCCCUGAUUAUCUGCAUAUCUUAAGUAUCAUUACAUUUGGGAAAUCUCGCCUUGUAAUUUAUGUACUAUGAAAUGUAAAUAUUUUAUUUAAAUUUGUGAUUGUUAAAUGUUGUAUUUAAUGGAAACUGAAACAUUCCUGUGUAAAUAUUGUUUGAUUCUAGUCAUUCAUGUUACAGUUUUUGCAGUUAAGGUUAUAGUUACAGAUAAGCUUACAGGUAAACUUAUGUAACCUGGCCAGCUGAGACCAGUGGUGGAACGUGACGAAGUAGUACAGUACUGUACAUAAGUCCAUUUUUAGGUAUCUGUACUUCCCUUAAGUAGAUUUUAAAGUGGAUAUUUUUACUUUACUACAUUUGAGAGAAGGUAUCUGUACUUUCUCCUCCACUACAUUUUUGAAUAAACCUGAAAAGUAUUUUAUUGUCUGAGACCUGCUGAAAAGGCUGAGGGUUUAUUUUUAACACGUUUGUAGUUUGAGCAACAAAAAUAUACAAAUAAAAACAGCUAGAAAAAAAGAUUGAUUCAGUUGUUUCUGUUGAACAAAAUUCAGCAGCAAAAUGACUACAUUUAUAGCUUUAGAAGACCUCAAAAUCUGUGUGAAAUACUUUCACUUUUUACUCUUAAGUACAUUUUAAACAGGUGCUUUAAAACUUUUACUUCAGUAGAUUUUUUCAUGUGAUUCUUUUACUUUAGUACAUUUUUGCUCCUGUAUCUGCACUUUUAUUUAAAUAACUAAACUGAAUACUUCUUCCACCACUGGCCAAGACUAUGCUUUCCUAGUCUGGAUUUGCCAGACUAAUAGUUAUUCUCAAAAAACUGGGACUUGUGUAUGAAUAAUUUUCCCUAAAUUUAAAGUUGGAUUCCUCAGCAUUAAACUCCAGGGCAAAAGUGCGAACAACACUUACGCUUUAAAGUCGUAUAUUACUUUUAGCCAUGUUAUAAUGUUGUUAUCUCAUCAAAAUCAUACCCACAGUUGUGUUUUGUUUCAUUUGCACUUUUGAGUAACACUUUAAUAUUAGCCUGUCUGCGUCCCUAAAACUCAAAAUGUUCUGCUCCACCUUGUGAUGUCAUGAAGUGGUAGUUUUCAAGUUAGCAGCUCCUUUUACCUUUAGUUCAGUAGAGAUUGACAAUUCCAGGGCUUAAAUGAUCCAAAUGAUUGUAGUGAAGGUGUGUGAAGUUUAAAAACACGGUGGAGCACUUCCUGUAUUACCACAUGAUGACAUCACAAGGUGGAACAGAGUGUUUUCUGUUUGAGGGAAGAACUCAGCCUAAAUAUGCAGUUUUUUUUGUAUGUUAAACAUGUGUGAAUGAAACAAAACACAACUCCAGGUCUGUUUGUGAUGAGAAAACAACAUUAUAACACAGAUCAGACAAUAGUGUAAUAUGGGCCCUUUAAGUACUAUGUAAAGAACUAAAACCAUUAAACUUCUGAACAUGGAACAUCUUGUAGCACGGGCUUGGUUGUAAAGUGUACACACCUGUGCAAUAUUCCCAUGGUAUCUUGUUUCAGGCCCCCUCCUCCACAGCCCUGUCUGCCAGCCACAAUAAAACAAUAUGAGAGUGAAGAAAAGCAGAGGUCGUCUUUGUCCUUAAAAUCUGCUGAGCAAAGUGGAUCAUGUAGUGACUUAUGCAGACCAAACUCAAUGAUAGAAAUUAUAGUUUUUCAAAUUCAACCAUGACAUGCGGAUUCUUCCACUUAGAAAUUAGGUUUAGACGUGCUCAGACUGCCUCAAGGUGCUAGGCAUAAAUACCAAGGUCUUUUGAGUGCACCUGGGUAUUUCGCUACUGCAAAUUAUCAUUAUAUUAUUAUAACAAUAUAAAGUGGAGACAACGUUUAAGGCCAAUUAUUAUAAACAUUCAAUUAUUCUGCUGUGACUAGAGUUAAAAUAAA